AUGAACAUAACCAGCCUGCUCCACUUUGAGUCGAUGAAGUACAGCGGUGCCCAGACGCAGGCGGCGGCCAUCAAUCAGUUUGUGGCGAGCGCAUUGCGCGUGUUCAUCGAGGACUUCUACCAGCGCCUAGCGCCCGCCUUCAUUGUUAUCCUGUCGUGCCGCCGGCCUAGUCCACUCAAUUUCUAUCGGAGCAUCAUGCAGCUGCUGUACGAGAGCGUGGACACAAUGAUCAUCCAGCUGGUGCACCACAAUCACAACCAGAGCCGGCAACGCAUCGAGGGGCCACGUACGCACAAUCUGCUGCUGGUGGACUCGCUGGACGCACUGCUCGACAUUGAGAUCCACACGUACACCGCACAGUCCGAUGCCAGCGAGUAUUAUUUCAUAUUCCUACAACAGCGGGAUGCCCUGAUUCCGCAGGACAUGCUGGGUGUGUUCGCCUACUGCUGGCGCAAUCAGCUCAUCAACUGCAACGUGAUGACCCAAAACUCUGGCGGGCAGGUAGUCCUGCACACGUACUUUCCCUAUGCGCCCCACCGCCAGUGCGGCGACACAAUGCCCACGCAGAUCAACCAAUUUUCGGAGGGAGAGUGGCAGCAUCGCGACUACUUUCCAUCGAAGCUGCGGAACCUUCAGCAGUGUCCGCUGGUGGUGCUGGCCCGCCGUGUCCAGCCCUUCUUCGAUGUGGACGAACGGCAGCAACUGAGGGGUCUGGAGGGUCGCCUGCUCCUGGAGCUAGCCAAGCGGAUGAACUUCAGCAUACGCUUCAGGGGACUGCAGGAGCAGCAGGAGAGUCACACCACCUGGACAGAGCAGCAGCUGUUGGAGCAGUUGAUGCAGGACCGCAUCGCGCAUUUGGCCAUCGGCUAUGUGCGGAAGCGUAUACAAUAUACCGCCAAUCUGACGGCCGUGUUUCCGCACUACUCCAACAAGCUGGUCAGCUGCCUCCUACUGAAUUCCCACAAUCUGACCAGCAUGGAGAUCUGGUUCUUUCCCUUUCAGACCAUUGCCUGGCUCUUUUUGUUGCUCUUUGGCAGCUGGCUGUGUUUCACGCUGAUCGUGCGGGCCAUGUACUCGGCCCUGCUCUUUCUGAUCGUGCGCUACCAUGUGCACCAGACGCUGCCGCGCAGCCUCAUGGAGCUGGUGGAGCGCGGCUAUACGGCUGUGAUGAGUCGCAUCACAAUGCAGGACCUCCGCGUGGUGUCUAGCCUACAGCAGUUUAUCAGCCAGCGCUCCGUGAUCGUCGCAUCUGAGCUGGACGAUGAGAUACUGCGUCGGCUGGACCAGUGCUCGGAGCAGACUUUGGCGGGCACACAUCCGCAUUUCUUCGGACUCCUGGCGCAGGACGCAUUGCUGCAUCUCACCCAGAGCGGCCACAGGGCGGGAGGCUACUACAUUGUGCCGCAGUACGUGCUGGAGCAGCAGCUGGCCAUCUAUCUGCCAAAGCACUCGCACCUGGUGGUGCAGUUUGACCACCUGGUCAUGUCCAUUCGCGCCGUCGGCCUUAUGCACUACUGGGCCGGGCAAUUGGCCAGCGAGAAGUACUUUCGCAGCACGUUCUUGUACCGAGAAAAGAGCAUCAGGCAGCCGGAUCUCUGGGGAAUUUACGUAAUUGCCGCGGCACUUUACUUUUGCUCACUGAUCGUGUUCCUUUGGGAGCUCAUAUCGGUCAGAUGGGGUCACACUGCAAGCUGA